AUGGGUCGUCGUCCAUUAACAGCAGAGCAGAAGGCCGAAAAAGCCGCUCGUAGACGAGAGCGAGAGAGAGAGCAGCGUCUAGUAGCCCGCCAAGCCAAACAGACACAAAAUGCCGAGACCCAUAAACCAAGCCAAUCACUCCCAGAAAUAAUCCCGGCGGAUCCAGUUGUGCCCAGCAUGUCUCUCCAUCUUUCCAUCCAUAAUGAUGGUCAACAGUCUAGCCGAACCGACCCACCCCCAGCUGAUAGACAGUCGCCGUCGCACACCACUCGCUCACGUCGCCGAAGCCCACGUCUCGUCAGUGAGCCGCCCUUAACAAUUAACGAACCGAUCGUCUUGGCGGAUGCGGCAAUCCGGAGACCGGAUACAGCCGCGCGACUGCGAGCACCCGCACGGCCGAUUAGAGAACAAAUACCCGCCGAUACAAUCUACGUCGCGACGCCGUACUCUGCAAACACAGGCUACCGGGAAGCAGCCGAUACUGACGAGGACGAAGAGACCUUGGCAACGGAAACCCCAGGCUCUAGGACACCAUUACAAAGCGAGCAAAUAGCUGCGAUACCCGUUAGCCAUUCCGAGGUAGACCGUAUCGUAUCACCUAGGUCGCAGACGCGUCUCCGUGUCCAGCGAUGCCGCGAUCGUCAGCAUGCUGCAAGAUUACAACAAAUCUUCCAAGAGGCUACAGAAUCUCAAGAUCUACCAUUCACUUAUGAGUUCUCUGCUUUGAGCCUGCGAGACGAUGCGAUACCGCUCUUGUCUUUACCUGGUGACAUACCGGACAACGAGCCCAGACCCUCGUUGGUGCCGGCACCUGAGUCUGAGCCGGAGCUUGCUAGCGAAACGAGCGUCCUACCCUUAUCAUCUCCAUCCCUCUCUAAUUUUAAUCUCUUGGAAGAGGAUGAACAAGAAAACAGAUCAGAGGCCUCGAUAUUGGAAGAUGAUACAUCGUCACAGCCGAUGACCCCAUCGUUAACAUCGCCUAGCUCUAGUCGACACGGUAGCUCCUUAUCAUCAUCCCAAUCGAGAGGCAACCCUCUCUUGUCAAGAUCGAACUCGUCUGAAUGGCCGGAUCUAUCUGGAUUGCCCUUAGAUGAGCCCGAGGAUUUGAUCCUUAGCGAUUUCCUCCAGGCGAUUUCCAACCAGGAUACGGCCGGUGGUCCUGAUUUCCUGCGCCAGCAGGGCGACGUGUAUGAUCGUGUACUUCGAACAUUCUUUAAUCACCAGUGUAGCUGCCCGAGUUCGGACGAGCGUGCCGAGCCGGAAAACACCCACACCCUCCAACAGCAUACCGAAUACGUCAGCCGUUCUCUUCCUCCCUUGCAAACUAUCUUUGCAGAACGUGGUAAUGCUUGCGAUCCUCGUGCUUCCUUCCCUCAAUGGCACAGCUUCCUCUCCGAUAAGCCUCCCGAGCCGCUGUCUCUCAGCAAGACACAGGCUUCGCUACCCCACGACUCCGUAACCGUCGAGCGACAGUGGGAUGUCGAUAGCAUCUGGUUGGGGGCGAAGAGUCUGUCCGCUAUCCGGGCCCCUAGUCACUUUCGGCUUUCUUUCUUCCCGGCUUACAAGAGUAACAUCUCUACCGCUCAAGUCAUACAGCCUCAUGGUCUGGACCUGGCACACACGCGACACACCUCCAUCGGCACGUUCAUCACCGCCGGCGUCCGCUUCUCUGUUCUAGUAUUCUUCCCCAAUGGAGCUCGAUCGCACACAAAGGCUUCCGCCAACAGCCUUUCCCUCGCACGAUUUAGGGACUUAUACGACGAGAUCAUCCUUCCAGCUAUUUUCGAAACCGUCCCUGAUCAUGUGCGACAAGAGAUACCCAGCUCUUACGAUCUGUUGUACGCCAAGUCUCGCGCAUACCAGGAGAAACCAGGUGCCGGCCGUUGGAGUGCCGAAGACGAGAGCCGAGCGUUUCGCCUAUCUUAUAGCAUCCCCGCCAGCAACCUUGCAGAGUUCUGGACAUCGGUAGUGGAGAAAGCGAAUCUGCAUCGUGUCCAAACCAAGAGAGGAGAAGUCGUUCCAUACUUCGAGAACCCUCGUCUACUCUUCCAAGCACAUGAUCUGAAGAACACAUUUGUAUCGCAGACUGUUGAGGGAAGCUUGGCCCUGUUUCGUGACAUUGUCCUAGCUGGACUUAACGCAAGUCAGAUUGACAUGCACUCUUGCUGGCUCGAUAUAGGCAUGCGAGAUCACGUAAGCCAACCAUCGUCUCCAUCGCCAGCCCAUAGAGAUGAGCCCUGGACACUUCUGUGGAAGAGCGCUUGCUGCGACCACCUCCAUGAUCAACUGGGUGGUGUUGUCCCCGAAGCCCCUCUAGUUGCUGACCAGUAUCGGUCAUAUCUUCUUCGUGACGCGGGAACAUAUUAUGCUAAGGCAAAGCCGAGUCGGGCAUCAAAUCCUGGCCACCCGGAGGCUAGAUCACCUGGGAUUAUCCGGGCCAAAGCAUACAACUGUAGCAAAGAUCUAUUUGGAGUCAUGUUCAGUGAUUACCAGCUUUUUAGCUCGGGGCUAUUGCCGCUUCUGGCUUUCGACGAGGCAAUGUUAAAAGAUCUAGCAGCUACAGAUCAAAACCGACAGCGUGCAUUCGUAUCGCAGCUCAAUCGCUCCCAUCUUGUAGAUGCUUGGGAAGCCAAUAAGCGGCAUAUGAGAGCCGUCGCCACUUUGAAAAGGUAUCCGAAUUUUGGGAUCCGGAAAGAGGUCACCUUCCGUCUCGAUGUUAUCCUCGCCAUGUGGGCCGACGGCAUGCUAGACCCUGACCAGAACCCUCAUACUGGCCCAGUGUGCUGGAAUGUUCCCUUCACUUCCGCAGCCAGUGAUCAACACUGUCCUUUUUGGGUGCUUCCAACGGAGACAGUGGUGAAAUUUGUGUCUACACAGGCUGCUCGCUUUUUACUUCCACUCGACCACAUAUUUCUACAAGCGUCGAAUGAAGUAGCCAAGCCUUUAUCAUCGUCGUCGUCGUCGUCGUCGUCCUCCUCCUCACUCGAUCCCGUCCAGCAGAUCCUUGGACUUUACACCGCGCAGCUUCUAUGUCGUCUUCUCAUACAUUCAGUUGACGAUGAGCAAGAGUAUGGAUUCGACAACUGGAUCUGGCGGCCAACCUGGACGGUGCGGACGCGCGGCCGCGGCCAGAGGUCGCUCAAGCAGCGUCGUGGUCUAGGCCUGGGAGAUACAAUCGACACCUCGGGCACGCUAUGGAUCCCCGAUGGUCAUUUCAAUUGGCAGAGAGGGCAUAUCGCGCUCGAGGUUUUGAUCGACCUCUACAUAUGCCGCAAUCCAUUGCAGGCCAAACUAGCUCGUCAAUGCAAUGUUCAAGCACUCACUGCCAACCAGGUCACUAUCGAACUGCGAUUCCAACAAUUGACCAGCAACGCUCGUAUAGAGUAUGAUCAAGGUCAUAGAGAGGAUGCCGAGAGACUUGCUGGCAGGGCCAUCCAGUGUUGGAUAGCCACGCUAUGA